GGUCUGUGGGAGCCGGGAGCGCCGGGUGCCCUGCCCCGCAGGGACCCUUCCGAGUGGGCCUCGGGCCCCGUGGGGAACGGGCUUCCCCGUGGGGAAGGGUUCUGCCGGUGGGGAACGGGCCUCUCGGCUGGGGGCCGGCCAGUCCCGCUCCUCCGUCCCCGUUUGAAGUCGGCGCCGCCGAGGCCGGGCGGCGUGUGCCGGGCCCGCGGCCCGCCGGGGACAGGGACAGGGACAGGGACGGGGACGGGGGCGAAAGGACUUCCGGGCUGCGGCGGGGAUGUUAGGGCGCUCACUGGGUUUUGCUUCUUAGUUGAAGGAUGAGAAGUAGCAAGGAGCCGUUUUUUGUGAAGUUCAUAAAGUCUGCCGGGAGUUCGCAGUAUUUUUCUAAAGCUCUUGAGUCUAUAAAAGAAUUCCAGUCAGAAGAACAUCUCCAGAUCCUUGAAGAAGAAACAGUACUGAGUAUAAAAGAAAAUGACAAAUCACUUUACAUUUGUGAUCCUUUCAGAGGCGUGGGUUUCAGUCAUCUCAAAAAGCUCGGCUGUAGGAUUGUUGGACCACAGGUGGUUCUGUACUGCAUGCAGUCGCAGCGAUGUGUCCCGAGAGCUGAGUAUCCUGUGUACAACAUGACCAUGGCCGAUGUCACUGUGUCCUGUACCAGCCUGGAGAAAGAUGUGAGGGAAGAAGUUCAUAAAUAUGUGCAAAUGAUGGGUGGAUGUGUAUACAGAGACCUCAACUUGUCAGUAACUCAUCUUAUAGCUGGAGAAGUUGGCAGCAAGAAAUACUUGGUAGCUGCUUCCCUGAAGAAACCUAUUUUACUUCCCUCUUGGGUUAAGACAUUGUGGGAUAAGUCUCAGCAAGGCAUAAUGAGGUACACUGAUGUUAACAUGGAAGACCACACUUGUCCUGUGUUCCUUGGCUGCACGAUUUGUGUCACUGGCUUAAGCAGCUCUGACAGGAAAGAAGUGCAGCGCCUCACUGCUGAGCACGGUGGGCAGUACACGGGGCAGCUCAAGAUGAAUGAGUGCACUCACCUCAUAGUCCAAGAGCCAAAAGGUCAGAAGUAUGAAUGUGCCAGAAAGUGGAACGUGCACUGUGUGUCUGUGCAGUGGUUUUCUGACAGCAUCAAGAAAGGCUUCUGUCAGGAUGAGACAAUGUAUAAAGUAGAGGCUGGAUCAAAACUGAGUAAUGCACCCAGUACAUCAACACCUACGAAUGACACCAGCAAGCCUCCUAGUCAUUCUCUUUCAGAUGUCAGCCACAUUUCCAAUAUCAAUUUGAGUGGUGUUAAUGAAACUGCAUAUAGUUCAGCUAUGAGCAGCAGACUGGAGCCUCUUUCUGAUGAGCUGGAAAAGUUGGACACAAGUUCUUUUCAAGCCCCUGAAGAUUUGUUAGAUGGAUGUCGAAUCUAUCUCUGUGGCUUCAGUGGCAGGAAGUUGGACAAGAUGAGAAGGCUUAUUAAUUGCGGAGGUGGCGUUCGAUUUAAUCAACUUAAUGAAGAUGUUACUCAUGUCAUUGUGGGGGAAAAUAAUGAUGAGCUGAAACACUUUUUGGACAAGACAACUCACAGGCCUCAUAUAGUGACAGCAAAGUGGUUGCUGGAGUCAUUUGGUAAGGGUUUUCUGUGUCCAGUGGAGCACUAUAUCCCUCUAAACUACCAGCUGUUGGAGAAUCCAAUUUUAGAACAACCUGGAAAGAAGUCAAUUUUUCCCAAAAAAUCCAGACUCUUGAAGAAAGACACUGUGAACAUUAUAGAGCACCAGAAAGCUGCUGAAGAUGACUUCCUCUCUCAAUAUGUAAAUAAUUAUUCUACACUAGAUGAAGUUGAAAAACUAACAUCCAGAACCUUCAGUGACUCGACUGCCCAAGGAGAGAAUCUACCUUCUGUCUGUAAUGGGACUUUGGCAGAGUCUUCUACACUGGCUGAAGGAGGCUUAUUUUUCAGGAAGAGAUUUCUUCUUAUGGGUUUUGGUGAAGAGGAUGAGUCCUGCCUUGUAGACAUUAUAAAUGAGAAUGCUGGGGAAGUUCUGCCAUUGCAAAGCAGAACCGUUGCAGACUAUGCUGUGGUACCUUUAUUAGGGUGCACCGUGAAGGCAACUGUUGGUGAUGUCGUCACAAAUACAUGGCUGAUCACAUGCGUGGAACAGCAGGCCCUUUUAGAUCUCCGAUCCAAUCCACUUUUCACCCCAGUCCUGGUAAUGGAAGGAGCUACCCCUCUGGAAGAUUGUGUUCUUUCUUUUAGCCAGUUCACUGGUGCAGAGAGAGACUCCCUUGUUUAUCUGGCAGAACUGCUGGGAGCCAGAGUCCAAGAAUUCUUUGUGCGGAAAGCCAGUGCCAAAAAGGGAAUGUUUGCCAGCACCCAUCUUGUGGUGAGAGAACCAAAUGGCUCCAAGUAUGAAGCUGCAAAGAAGUGGAAUCUGCCAGCAGUCACUGUAGCUUGGCUUUUGCAGUCUGCAAGGAUGGGAAAGAGGGCAGAUGAAAGCAAGUUCUUGGUUGAAAAUGCAGAGGCUGAAGAUACGGAGAGUUUCAUUACUCAGCUUAGCAAGACACCAGCAACUAUUAAAUCUCCUGAUUCAGAACAGGCUACUCGUCUCCUUGAAGCCGGAAACAAAGGAGCUGUGACCCCUCUUGAUAUCAAAAGGUUCCAGAGUAAAGCUUUCCAAGCUGUAAUCUCUCAUAAUACUGGAAAGACAACUCCUGUUGCACAAGGGGGACCACUCCAGAAAGAACCAUCUUUAAAUCUUGACACACCAUCAAAGUUUCUUUCCGAAGACAAGUUGUUUAAGCCUUCUUUUGAUGUAAAGGAUGCUCUGGAAGCUCUGGAAACUCCUAAAGGUCCUGAACAAAGAAUCAGGAGACUGAGCACACCUCUCUCUGAAGUCAUUGGCAGAAACUUGAAAGUGGCACUGGCAAGCAGCACAAUGCACACAGCAGCUCUUACUGCCAGCCCUCAGUUGGCUGCUGCACAGCCAGAAGUGGAAGAAGAGCCCAAGCCUCUGGCUGAUGCUGUUAUAUAUGUUAGUAAAAAAUUUAGUAAAAGGCAAAGGGAGCUGAAUGCAGUAGCAGCUUCUCUUGGAGCAGACUACAGAUGGUGCUUUGAUGAAACAGUAACACACUUCAUCUAUAAGGGAGGACAGAAUGAUAACAAUAAGGAGUACAAAUCUGUUAAAGAACGGGGUAUACAUAUUGUUUCAGAACAUUGGCUUUUAGAGAGUGCCCGAGAAUGUAAACGGCUUCCUGAAUCUCUCUUUCCUCACACUUACAAUCCCAAAAUGAGCUUGGACAUCAGUGCAGUGCAAGACGUCAGGCUCUCCUCCUCCAGUAAACCUCUUUCAACUGGAAAACCAGCAGAGGAAAAUGAGAUUAUUCCUGUGUAUGAAGAUGAUACUGAAGAUGAUGUAACUACUGAUGAAAUAAAGAAAACAGUCAGUGUAGGAGAAGAACAAAUUGUAGCAAGUGAAUCCAAAGGAGUUUUAACCCAAGCACUAGAAAUGAGGGAGAACUUCCAAAAGCAGCUGCAGGAGCUCAUGUCUGCCACAUCACUAGUGAAACCACAAGGGCAAAGAGGAUCCCUUUCCAGGAGCAGCUUUGAUGGUUCUCCAGCCACUCCUGAUAGCGCACGGUCUGUGCGAAAUGGCCGCAGUAGGGUCUUGGAAGCUCUAAGGCAGUCCCGCCAGGCAAUGGCAGACAUAAACACAGAGCCAUCCCAGAGUGAGCAGAUCAUUUGGGAUGAUCCUACUGCGAGGGAAGAGAGAGCAAGACUUGUCAGCAACCUUCAGUGGCCUGAUAGUCCUUCACAGUACCUUGAGCAAGCUGUUCCUGAGGCUGGGGAUGGAGAUGUGAUUGAAAGUUUAAAGAAUCCCAUAUGUAGAGAUCCUGAAACGCCAGUUAAGGAUACCUUGAUCCCUACUCCGCAGGCCCCCAGCAUUGCUUUCCCCCUGGCUAACCCUCCUGUGGCACCAGAGCCCAAAGAAAAGGUUGCUACUGAAGAUGAGAAGGCUGAUGAAGAAACAGAAAAACUCCGUAAAUUUCAGAUGUCUUCUCUUAAUCCUCAAGAAAGAAUUGAUUAUUGCCAUCUGAUUGAGCAAUUAGGUGGAAUAGUACUUGAGAAACAGUACUUUGAUCCAAGUUGCACACACAUUGUUGUGGGACAUCCUCUUCGGAAUGAAAAAUUCUUGGCUUCGAUGGCUGCUGGAAAGUGGGUGCUUCAUCGUUCCUACCUGGAGGCAUGUAGAGGAGCUGGCUGCUUUGUUCAGGAAGAAGACUAUGAGUGGGGAAGUAACUCUGUACUUAAUGUUUUGUCUGGAAUCAAUGUAAACCAGAAGAAACUAGCACUGGCAGCCAUGAGGUGGAGGAAAAAAAUCCACAAAGGGAGGCAAGAAACGGGUGUUGUUGAGGGAGCUUUCAGUGGUUGGAAAGUGAUCCUGAACGUUGAUCAAACCAAGGAAGCGGGAUUCAGGCGCCUUCUUCAGUCAGGAGGAGCAAAAGUGUUUUCUGGCCAUUCUGCAUCUCUCUUUAAAGAAGCAACUCACCUCUUUGCUGACUUCAGUAAGCUGAAGCCGGAUGACUCCAGGGUUAAUGUGGCAGAGGCGGCAGCCCAGGGAGUGAACUGCCUCAAACCUGAGUACAUCGCUGACUACCUCGUCCAGGAUCCACCUCCCCCUAUGGAGUCUUACUGCCUGCCAGAAGCUGAGUCUUGCCUUCAGAAUAACUCAGAUCUUGGAACCGGAUUAUCCCAGAAGAGAAAAGCACUGGGAGAAAUGAGCAGAGUCAAGCGAUCCAGAAUACACUAAAGCAUAUUCUCUGUUCUUAAUUUGUACAUUUUUAAAUAUUUAUAUUUUCUCAU